UGUUUACUUUUAAGCCAAAGGGAAAUUAGUUUAUAAACUGAAGUAUCGAAGUCGAUAUGUAUUUGCUGCAUUGUUUAACUAAAAUUUUCUUUUUUGUGCCGUCUUGUCAUUAAACGACGUUAAUGGUUUUUGUCGCGUCGGCGGUCUUAGGUCCCUGCAGAUGUUUUCUAGUUGGGCAAAUUGAGCAAAGUUAGCGCUAUUAUCUCAAUAUAGAAAUAUUACUCAGCCCCUCUAUAACUCGGGAAAAUUAAUGAAAUGUCGUUGUUGAUGUCCAAUGAUUUCUUUGGAGCUGCUUGCAUCACUCUUUGUUGUACUCUAAGGAAAAAUCUCGAUAAUUUCAUACCGCUGUCAACCAUAGAAUAUUUAUUUAUGCAAGAAUUUUAAGUACAUGUGUGUAUAGGUGGUAUAGCAAUUACGUCUGCCAAUUUAUGGUUGCAAGCUGUUUGCACAGUGAGAGCUGUUCGUGCAAUCUCAUCACAACAUCAUCAAAGUUGAUUGAUUGAUGAAUGCCAUGUAAAGUUUUAACCAAAGCUCUUGGAUUACACAACCUUUUGUAGUCUUACAUUCGCCACAGAAGUUACAAGUUCACAGUUUAGUUAAAAGCCUUGUCGUCAUUGUUUUUGUUGGAUUGGUACACGAAUAGCUCAGAUGUCUUAUUCGCCAACUGCUCCAACUUACGUAAGUCGACUGGAUCCCCAGUUUCGUCGUUUCGUCAACGUUGUCUACCAUGAGUCGCCCACAUCGAGUAUGAACGACUUGAGUGAGGGAACGACGGAAUCCUUGAAGUCUGGUUCGUUUUCAGAGAAAUCUCCAGAAUUUAUUGCUGUUGACGCAUAUGUCGAUGAUGGUUCUUCUAGAAUUCAGGGUCAGCGAGAGGUUUCUGAAUUUUAUCUGGAGUACGUUAAUGUUCUUAGCAGCGGUAGCGAAACGUCAUUUACGAGUGAUGACAAGGAAAUUGCCAAAUCAUGGCGGGAAAGUCCAAGUCUUUCCAGUAACUCCGAACAACGCUACAACCGAGAUAGAAUUCCAAGCCAUUUUUCUCCAGAAGAUUCGGUGUUUUUGAGUGAUAGAUGUCAAGAAAGUUUAUACGAAGAAAAUGAGAUUAAUCCCUAUUUGCAUAAAAGAUCAGGCACGAAAAGACUCAGUGAUUCAAAUCCCCCGACCUUUCGAUCCUUUUCAAGUGAAGCCGGCUCAAAGGGAAGUUACAGACACCAAAAGGAUGUAGAACGUUUUCGGGAACAUCUAGAAGGCAUCGAAACUUCUGCCCUAUCGAGCUGUAAUCAGGAGAAGGAUAAUAUUAACUCAGACCCCUGGUUUCGUGGUCAAAAGGUCAAUUCGGACGGUCUACAAACCACGUCACGCAGAAUACAUGACAGCUUGGAUGAUUUGUUUUCGGAAGAUUCAGAAUUGUGUGACAGCUCGGAAGUUGUUGAAGAUGGCUAUUCAUCCACAAGCAGUGCUGACAGUAGUUUUGUCCGCUUCGCACUCGUUGGAAAACGGGGGAGCCAAAGAAUGAAGAGAAACUUUCCCACCAGGGUCAACAAGAUGGAUCGUAAAAAAAAGCACAGCAGCGACCCAUCUCAAGAGAGAAGAGAAUCUGGAGGAAAAGAAGGCGACGAAGGAGUUAUGGCUUGUGUGGUUUCAGGAAUUUCUGGUGGACCUGCUGUCAGAGUGUUUCGCAAUGAAGUUUCGCAGCAAACGUAUUCUAGGUCGAGGGGGCGUGAAGUACGGUAUCCACGAGAUUUGGAAGAAGCUCUGACUCGUCGAGAUGAAACGAAAAGUGCUGGGAGUGAGGACAAUGACUCGGAGGGGACACGAGCCCAAAACAAAAGAAGCAAUGAGAGUGGCCGUAGGAUCGUAUUUGGAGUGUUUAGAACUCAAGGAAAUCCUCCUAGCGUUGAUCGAGAAAGUGGAAGAAGCUGCGAUACAAAAAAGCUUCAUCCUAAUCGAGGAAAUUCCAUUCAUAACAUGGAGAACUUCACUGAUCAUGACGGCCGUUUGCCAGCCUUCGACGGAAACAAACGUUUUACCCAAGAUCUUCUCUCUCUAACGGCAAGUCGCAAUGAUGGUGGUGGUGAAAAUAAUGGCUACUUUUCCGCGGAAGAUGGGAUGAAUGCCUUUUCUCGGUCAAAGAAAGUCACUCCGGCAAGCGGCGUCUGGAAACAGAUGUCGACUAAUGCAGGAAACGAGUUUCGUACAGCUGACGAACGAGUAAAGCAGAAACAGCGGGAAAAUGCGAAUAGAGAUGACCAAGACUUACUUGCACAUUCAAUGACGAGAUCGCUCACUAGUGGAAAAGAUGAACGAGGCACCGCUUUAGAAUCGCACCUAUCAGGCUUUAUAGAACGACCGAUCGAUGUAAGUGUUAAGGCCAUAAGUAGGACCCCGAAAGUCCGAAGACCACGGAGAAAGCCAAGUGAAGUCGAGCAACAGGGUUUGCGUAACGAAAACGACAGGAUGAAAGAUUCAAAGUUUCUGUCAGAAGAAAUGCAUGCAAGCUAUCUUGAAAGGCAACACGGAUUGAAAGACGGAAUAUUAAGAGACCAGUCCGAGGUACAUAGAGAUGACUUUAUCAAUAUUCAGGAACCCUCUUCAGCUUUGAAUUCUGCAACCUUUUCAUUAGAUCUCAGUAGUGAUUGGCAAGAUCGGACAGAACGUGGAAAUCCUGAAGCAAGAACAGAGUAUUCAAGUCCAGAAGCGCAGUUGAAAAUAGAUAAAGUACAUGGAAGUACACCGCUUGAGUAUGACGCUGUUGUAAGGAAGACUGAAUUAAUGACCCCUGUUAAACAGACUAUAAAUGAUUCUAUCAGGGGCUCCCUCCUGUUCAACAGCGAUUGUGACUCUGAGUGGCAAGUAUGUCUGCAGAAGAGUGGUCGACCGCAUCCAGAAGGUCAU